AUGUCUCUCUACACCUCCUUCGCAGUUACUGGCGCAGGCCCACAAUCGGCUUUGCUUGAGCGAGGCGCGUCAGUAGUUGCUCUCGCCCGACCGUCGAGUACAUCAACAUCGAGCCCACUCCUCGAGGGCGCUAAGAUUGCCACGGCUGACUACACCGACGUCAAAGCAGUUGCCUCCAUUCUCCGCGAGCAUAAAGUGGAGGUCGUGAUUUCUGCAGUGGCAUACGGCGCAUUACCUUCGCAGUCCAGUAUCGCUGAUGCUGCCAAGGAAGCCGGUGUGAAACUUUUCGUUCCCUCUGAAUUCGGCUUGCCAACGGAGGGAGGGAAGGGUGGUCACUUGGUCAUCAAAUCAGAGUUUGCUGACUACCUGAAGUCAUUGGGUAUUCCUUCGUUGCGCUUCUACACCGGGAUGUUCAUGGAGUUCGUUCCACUGUUCGCUGGAGUUGACACUGGGAAGUUCUUGGUCCUGGGCAAGGGUGAUGCAUCUUUUUCUACUACUGCCUUGGAUGACGUUGCGGUAUUAUACAAUCUAGGUUUUACCGCUCACGUUCUUACAUCGCUCCCACCGGCCAAACUCCAUGAUGCUACGUUCCGCAUUGAGGGAGAACGCACAUCCUUCAAUAAAGUUGGCGCCCUAUAUGCAUCCAAGAAUAUUCCGGUAGAACAUGUCACCUCCCUCCCCGAAGGAUACGUCAAGCAGACUCUUUUGCAAAGCUUAUUUGAGCAGGGCCGAGGCAGCUCCGGGUGGGACAACUACGCCGACAAGGAUAUCCCGGAGAAUGCUCAUAGCGGUAAUGCGGCGUGGCCUGGGCACCAGUGGAAGACUGUCAAGGAGGUGUUGGAAUUGUAG